AUGAGCGUCGAAGAGCGCCGGCAAGGCGUGCGGGAGAGCGAUGGGACGAGCAGGCCAGCAGGAUUGCUAGCGACGAGGAAGCUCAGCAAACGUGAAGCCUUUGAGCUCAUGUCUCAGCCCCGUCGAGCUUCCUCGUCCACUUAUCUCGACUCUGACGUCAGCCUGCGUGAGGCCUCUGACAUCCAAGCCGUACCGCCACCGGAACAAUCGCUCGAGACCUUCAGACAGGUCGAGGGUCCGCAGAACAGGCUGAGCAGGCUCAGGCGACUCUUUGAAGCGCUGAAGCAAGGCAGCAGUCGGUCUGCACAGCCGAGCGCAACCGAUCACGACGACAAGGCGGCCCAUCUGCAUCAUCAUACAUAUGCGGACGAGCUGUGGCAGCAGUGCCGCGAGGGCGAGAACGAGCAGACGUUUUCUAGCUUUGUGCGGUACGCCGAAGCGAAAGAGCACGAACUCUGGAAAGUGUUCAAUGAGCUCGACCGGAAUAACGAUAGGCUGCUCGACGCUGCCGAACUCAGAGCUGCACUAGAGCGCGCAGGUAUACAGACGAGCAACGAACAGCUCAAGAGCUUCCUGAAUGCUAUCGACAAGGACAGAGACGGCCACAUCUGCUUCAGCGAGUGGCGCGACUUCUUGCUCUUGCUGCCGCGCUCCACCUCUGUUCCUGAGAUCUACCACUACUACCAGCAACAGAGGGGUGUGGCCAGGCAUCCCAGUACUGUCGCCACCCAAGACGGCGACGUGACACUCGGCGAACGGACACAGACAACCAACAAAGCCGCGCCUCCGCCAGUGACGCAAACUCACCAUCCUGAUCCCAAGGGCAAAGCAAAAGCAGUAGACGAGCCGUCCCUUCGAGACCAGCAGCAAUACGUACAGCAAGACACGCCGCAAGAUGAAGAGGACGAGGAAGACGAGAGGGGCAUGUUUGACGACUCGCUCAAAUACUUACUUGCAGGUGGUAUCGCAGGCGCGGUGUCCCGUACAGCGACAGCACCGUUCGACCGACUCAAAGUAUAUCUCAUCACCAAUGUCCAGAAUGUGUCUGCGCCGAUACCCAAAGAUCUGGUCAAAAAACCAGGAGAGGCUUUGAAUGCGACAGCAGAGAUCAGCAAGAAAGGCGCCCGAGUGUUCAGGGAAGCGAUAGCAUCGAUCUACAAGCAAGACGGUCUCAAGGGUUUCUACAUCGGCAAUGGUCUCAAUACCAUCAAGAUCUUUCCAGAAUCGGCCAUCAAAUUUCUAUCGUACGAAUCCUCCAAGCGCUUCUUUGCCAAGUAUGUAGACAAUGUCGAGAAGACACGCGAUAUCUCAGGCACCAGUCGCUUCUUUGCCGGCGGCAUCGGCGGCCUGUCGAGUCAGCUGUCCAUCUAUGGCAUAGAGACGCUCAAGACGCGCGUCAUGUCAAGCACGGCCAACAAGCUCAAAGGCAAUGCACUCGUCAUCGCGACCGCGAAACAGAUGUGGAAAGAAGGCGGCGUGAGAGCUUACUACCGCGGCCUGACCUGGGGUCUCGUAGGCGUCUUUCCUUACUCUGGCAUCGACUUUGCCUGCUUCGAGUUCCUCAAACGCGCCUACCAGAAGUACUAUUGUACAGAAGAGAUGGGCCUCAUCGGCUCGCUUGCAUUCGGCGCCUUCUCCGGCGGUGUGGGGGCUGCAUCUGUUUAUCCCCUCAAUCUUGCCAGAACACGACUGCAGGCCGCAGGAAGCCCAGCCCAUCCUCAGACAUACACUGGCAUUCGCGAUGUGGUCAGCAAGACCUACCGUCACGAGGGUGUCAGAGGGUUCUACAAAGGCCUCACACCUACCAUUCUCAAAGUCGCGCCAGCAGUAUCAAUCUCAUGGGCCACGUACGAAACUGCACAAAAGUUUCUGUUCCCGGCGGGCGAAUCGCAUGCUGACGAUGAUGACAAUGCAUAG